AUGGCAGCAUCCUACCGUCGACGACCAAGGGGAAGCGCAUAUACGCGCAUAGUAGCGGCCGCGGGACUCCAAGCCAGGCCGUUUGACGGACGUUCGGCUCUCGACACCACCAGGUCCGGUGCCGCAAUUGUCUACAUCUUCCAAACACAGAUUCAGUACAGCAUCUGUGCUGCUUCGACGUCGUCCACUCACCUGAACGUGGCAAGCAUCCCUCAGGGCACUUCAAACUUACAAGAGGAUGCUACCUGCACUGCGUGGGCCUGGGCUGCCAUGUCAGGUCUACGCAUCCAGCAUGCGCGUGAAGACCUGAUUCAUACACCGGAGAAUGCAUGGGCGUCCAUACCUUUGGCUGUCGAAGUUCUAUACGUCGACUCCGCCGCAUCACCGCGUGCCUGGACGAUGCCAGCGGCUAUCGGCCGUUACGGGAGGUCUUUUCGUCCUACUCCAUACCACGUCCACAUUCGUGUACACCGUCAAGCCCAAGCCAAUGUCGAUGUCGCGGCGUGA